CGGACUUAUCAGAUCCGAUCCGCUUGCAGCCCUAGAUAAUUUCCAGCUCUCCAUUUUGGGAUCCCCUUCCGACCGCGUGGGCUUCGAGCAACUCGCGUCCCCGAUCGGCGUCCCGUACCGGAGUGUGUUUUGUGUUAAUUAUCACAAGGGAAACUGGAAGUACAGCAAGAGAUGACUACAAAUGUCGAUCCAUCUUCUUCUGUUGAACCUCGCCGUCUGCAGUCUACUACUUCAAUGUCUACGUCAUCUACCAUUCCAGCAAGUAGUCCUAAGGUUUCCAUGUUUGGGGCAAAAUCUGGAUUUGUAAUACCAAAAAAUAAGCUGUCGGGUUCAUUGGUUCCCAUCUUCCGAGGUGGUGGAAAAUCAGAAGGUGGAAACACCGUUAAAGAUGAAAGUAGCAAGCCAGAUCAGAGAAAAACUAAAUGGGGUGCUGAUCUAAUGCUAGACUCUGCUGUCAGGAAAGGAAGAGCUUUAGCAUAUCAGACUCGACUGGAGCAAAUCACCCAACAACUCAAAUCUGGAGCUCUGGAGACUGGAGAUAAUCAAGGUUCUCAGUCACUGAAGCAUACUUCAAACAAUGAUUCUGACAGCCACGAGGUUGAAAAUGAGUCCCAGAAGCAUGAGCUCUUGGAAUUGGAAAGACGAGAAAUUAUUGGUGAAAUAUUACGUCUAAAUCCUAGCUACAAAGCGCCAGCAGAUUAUAAGCCAUUGCUGAAAGAAGCCAAAGUUCCUAUUCCAAUUAAAGCAUAUCCAGGAUACAACUUUACUGUACUACUAUUGGGGCCUGAAAGCAAUACCCAGAAGCGUUUAGAAGAGGAAACAGGAGCUAAGAUACAGGUAUAUGGAACAAAAAAGGAUACAGGGGAGAAGCAUGAAAUUAUGCAGUCAGACAUACCUGAAGCCCAGGGUGCUUAUGAGGAGCUGUACGUCAAUGUCUCAGCUGACACAUUUGAGAAAGUUGAUGCUGCUGUUGCCCUGAUUGAGCUGCUACUUACUCCAGUUUCUGGUAGCUCAGCAGUUGUUUCAACAAAUUCUACCUCUGUUGCUGGAGAGCAGAAGGAGACAUCUUCUACUUAUAUAAUGACACCUGUGGCUGGUGUCAAUCAAGGUAUUCCACAGCCAGUGCUGGUGACUGCUCAGCCUGCUCUUCCACAGUAUCAACCAAAUCCUGCACAUUGGUACCCAGUUAUCUCAUUUAAUGCUCUCUCACGUCCAUCCUCUGGAUUAAUGCAUCCUCCUUUGCCCAACAAUGCCAUUUGCUUUCCUCAAUCUCCUGCCAAUCCUUACAGUGUCGGUCCAUUAAUUGGACAAACCCCUCCCCUUGUCUCAACUCCAAGGUCCUCAUCAGCUAUGAGCACUAGAGCUCAGUUACCUAUGCAAGCUAUGCCACAACAUCUGAACCAGGCUGCCGCACCUCAAAGCCUUCCUAUGCCAACUCAGCAGCCCCCACCAGCAUAUACUCUUAUGCAGUCCCAGCCUAAUUCCACUGUACCUUCAUUCACUGCUUCUCAAUCAAUGCCUUCUGGAACAAUUCCAGCACCUGGACUACCUCGGCCUGUGAAUCCACUGCCAAUAUCCAUGGCUACUGCAGUCCAACUUUCCAACAGGCCAUUUACAUCACCCACUCCUCCUGGAAGUUCUGGAUGGCCCACUGCACCUCCAUUUGUUCCAGCAGCUCAAAGGCCAUCUCAGAUGGCUCCUGCCUCAAUGACACCACCUAUGAGGCCUCAGCCAGCUGUUUCUGCAAUGCCCAUUGCUUCGGCACCUUCUGCACCAAAUAUGCCUUCUAAUGUAGCAAAUUGGCCUCCAGCAGCCACUGCUUCUGUACCUUCCGAACUAAAUAAGCCUACUAAUGCUCCCAAUAGACCUCCACCUGCAAAUUUUGCUCCUCCAGCUGUGUUUCCUUCUCGGCCUUCCUCUGCUCCCCCUGCUUUUUCUUCAAUGCCUCCCCCAAGCAGACCUGUUUCAACACCAGUAAUGGUUCCAUCCACUUCAGGAGCACCAUUACAGGCACCUAUGCCUGCAUCGGCUCCAGUGCCUCCACCAAUUCCUUCAUCUGCACCCAGACCAUCGGGUAUGCUGGUGCCUGCACCAUCUCCCUUGCUGGGUCCACCUCCUGUUCCUCAAAUUGCUGCAUCAGUUAGCACAUCCGCCCCUGUUUUGGCUCAAGCAUCAGCUCCUUCUCAGUUGCUGCCACCAGUAAUGGCACGGCCACCUGUUCCUCUUCCAUCAGUAGCUGCUGGACAAGCAUUGAGACCAGCUCAGCCGCCCAUGCCAUCGCCACAGCCACCACCUGCGACACCUGCUUCCAUUUCUGGGAACAUGCCUAGUUUCACCCCUGUAACACUGGCAACAUCUGCGGUCAACAUUUCAGCACCCAUUGCAGCUCCAAGGCCCCCACGCCCAGUGUCUGGUGAUUUUACCUUUCAACCUGUCAGAGUUCAUGUUCCAGUUUCUCCAACCACUCCAGGGCCCAAUAGUCAGUCUGUAUCCCAGGCUUCUGUUCCACUUGGUCCACCUCAAGCACCAUCUUUCCGGCCAGCUAUGCAAAACCCAACACCCCCAGUCAGCACUCAAGGAUUUCCUAGGCCUCUGGCUGCUAACCAAACAAAUCCAUCUCAAGCUGGCAUUCCACCACCACCAUCAUCUGUUGCACCCUUUUCCAUGAAUCCAGCUGUGAUCCAACCAGUGCCAAGGCUUCCAGCUUUUCCAAACCCAAAUCAUGUGCCAUCAUUGUCUUCAGCAACUCAAAUGGGUCCACCAAGGUUUUCUAUAGCACCCCAAGCAUCCAAUCUGUUGGGUAAUAUGUCUGCCCGUCCAAUUCAUUUAGUGCAACCACCUCAGAAUCCAUUGCCUCCAGCAAACAGACCCAGCAAUCUGAUGAUUCCAAACCAACAGUUGGGUGGUAAUCCUCCUCGUUUUGUGGCUGGUAAAAUCCCUUCAAGUCCUGGAGGGAAUCAAAUCUAUGAUCCCUUCUCACCAACAUCAAUUUCAUCUGCACCGACUAAGCAGGGAGGCGAUCCUACGAAGAUGAGAAAGACAGAGCCGGAUGCGGAGUAUGAGGAUCUAAUGGCAUCUGUUGGGGUGAAGUGAUUCAUCCAGCAAUUGUCGGUUUUGACAAGGUUUUAACACUGAUGAUUACAUGCCAUGGGGAGGGUUACAAUAUUAUGUCUUGGAGAGCACUUGGACUUAAUGAUGGCAAAGAGAAGAGGGGCCAAAUUAUUAGAUAUAUUGCACUGCAAGUGCAUCAGAAGUUAAAAGCAGCAGGGAGAUCAGCCAUCAGUUUUAUAAUGGACGGUAUCUUUAUUGAAAUUCCUCCUUGCGGUUCACCUCAUAUAUCAUGUCGGGUUUUCAUAUUAUUGAAGCGAUCCUCUCUAUCUGAUGGUUGCGUGGAUGCUUUUUUUAUCUUUUGUUUCUUCUUUUAAAUAGCAUAAAUUCUAACAGAGCUGUCCAAUCUAAACCUGAAGCUGUUUCAAGUUAAUUUCUUUUUGCCAUUGUUAGUUUUCUUGUUCA